AUGAGAUCAAUUGGCGUUAAAUGGAAAGACUCUCCCCUGGUGAGCUAAUUAAUGGUUAUUUGUUACCUGCAGGAAUCUUUACCAAAAUCCUUAAGGGAACACAACUUUUCGAUUCAUAGCAUGGAGAAAAUUUUCUACUUUAUCCAUGUUGCUUGCCUUCUUUCAUCUCUUCUGUGGAACGUCAAGGGCGCGUAUUAUUUAAAACCGACAGGUAAGUGUAGGAAAACAUUCCCGGUCGAGGCAACAGGACUAAAUAACCAGAAAGAUGGCAACAAACAUGAGUAAACAUGACUGGUGACCUGUUAAAAUGAGGAUGAACCAUUCUAGAUUGUUGUUUUGUACCCUGCGUUUGAUCGAAAGAAUCUCUUUAGGGGAAAUCGAAAGCAAGAUUUACUGCACUGCGGAUAUUAAUUUAUCAGCAUACAUCACGUUCUUCACCUCGCGUGCACUGUUAUCCCCAUUUGCUUGUUUACCCGCUUCAGCCAAUGAAUACGUUGAAAAAUCACGGUAUUUACAUCGAAGGGGAACACACUGAUGAGCUUAAUAGCUUAUUGUUUACUUUUUUUUAGGGAACCUCCUUAAAAUGAUACAUUUAUUUAUUCAAGAUUCUUUUGAGCUGAGGCUUUAGUGGAAGAAAUGAAAAAAAUGACCUGUAAUACCACUGGUAAUUGUCUCGUCAUUUUAAAUAACAAUAUGUUAUGGUUUACAUCAAGAGAUCUUUUGCUCGCACUCAUUUUUAUAACGUUCGCUUGUAGAGGCAACCAGACAAAGUUGAAAUCUGUGAAACCUGGAAGUACAAACACAUCGGACACAUAACAAGAUCAACAUAAUUCGGGGCCACUGUAGAAUAAAAUUAAAAUCUUUAACAGUGUUAACCGUAGGUUUUCAAAGAAAGAGCUAAACGGAACUGUCUCUGGUGCAUUCCUAGUCCGGCAUUAUAAAUUCUUCAUAAGUCAAUUUUCCUUAACAAAUGAGCUCAGAUCUUUCGAGAUGCAGAUACCUUGGUAUUUCCCUCGGUUUAUAAACUGUCUGAGCGAAUCUGAUGAACACGAUCAUAUUGCUUUUCCUUUCAGCGUCAUAACGUGACAAUUUCUUUGAUUGAAGGUCGGUUUGAGAUUACAGAGAUACCCUUACCAUCGUCAGUUAUUGAACAAAUAAACGGAACCAACGUGUCAGUCACACUCAACCCAGGCCAAAUAAAUGCCACUGGUGUUCGUAUCGUUACAGUGACAAGAAUUUCAAAUACAUCUCAAGUACCAAAACCAGGUAAAUUUGUCAUAUGAGGCUACAAAGUGCCUCUAAGUAUUUCUGUUUUGAUUGCUUGUCGUAGAAAAAAAAACUCCUAACUCAUGUACUAGUUUCGUUCAAUUAAACGAACAGACUUAAAUACUGUCAUUAACAAGGACACUUCCAACUAUAAAGUGUAAAUCAACAAUAAAGUUCUACUCUUCUGAAAACCUUGCAAAUAGAUAGAUGAAAAAUCCUCCCUUCCGUUGUUCAGUUCAAGAAUGUUAACAUAACGACAUACUCAUGCAUACUGUAUUUUUCAGCUGGAUCACAGCAACCAUGCCCAACUACACCCGUGUGUUCUUGUCCAUGUCAAAAACCUCCAAUGAGUGGUAAACCACCGAGUCUUCAACCCCUUUCCCCCAAAAAUGAUAGCAUUAUCACUUGGUGCACAUCAGUGUGUAUUUGCCUUUGUAUCGGUGGUUCUCCUGUGCCCAUCCAGCCUCCCACUGAAUCUACAAGUAAAGCGAACGUGGCUACUCUUAACCUGGUGGUCACCAGUCCCUUGUCAAACCGGAUAACUACAGCAGUACCUUCCAGCACUCCAACGAUCAUAAAUAAGUCCAGAUCAACCUCCAUUACCUGCCCUGAAACUGCCGGUACCUGCAUAUGCCUGUCUGUUUCUGUUUUUACGAUUCUUCCGUCAAAUAUGUUGUUCUUGAAAUGUUUCCCUUUUGCUGAAUCAGUUCCUGAUCAUUUUACUGACAGUUUUUUCUCCUUCGUUCUCAGUUUGUUCCACUUCCGAAACUCACCUAAGCUCGUCCAGAACAAGUAAGAACCUUUAGCUCGAUAUUUUUCAUAGCUUCCCGUAUGAAGGCAAACCUGUGUUUCCUUCAUAGUCAUUCACUGUUAAAUAAUAGACACAUCACGUUAAAGUAAACAAGACUGCUUUGAUUAGUUCAAAUGUGUGACUCUAGUUAUGUACUCGAUUGUCUUAAAUACUGAUGACCAUGAAGACCAAUGUACUAGUUUGGCUUGACGAAAAUAUCUUCAAAACAUCUGAAAUGUUUGCAAGAAGUGAUGAACAACGUAUCUUGAAGGAGAAGCUAAAUUUUAAAUGAUACGACAAAUUAAAAACUGCAACUCCAGCAUACGUUUUUGCUUAUCGAGAAAAGGGAUGAAAUGUAUAGUUCUGUGAUAAAUAAAUUUAACCGGUAACCUCAGGGUUAUGUACUCCAGCUCUUCGUGCAAGCUUUAUCUCCAACUUUAACAGACGUUGAUUUGCGAAAAAAUCCUCUCUGACAGGUCAAAGUAGACUCAGUGUGACACUCAGUCCAACCCUCACACAACCGAUGCUCCCUGUUCAGAAAGGUAAAUCUUCCAAUUAACAAAAUAUAUGUAAGAGUAAAUUUAUAUAUUAACAUCUACUGAGAAUUUGUCAUGGUUCAUUCGCUACGACAAACAAGUUUUUCAUUUGCAGGCUUGAAUGCCACCUCGGCCCUCCUGAAUGAAACUCUAGUGUAUGGCUUCACAUCCGACUGGGUUUUUUUUAUAAUCCAUAUUUGACAUAAUUAUCAUGCAUUUCCGUGAAAUUCUUUUUUCUAUUGAGGUCACCUUUUGAUUUUCAUUGCACGGGGAACAAAUCCUAUCAAUGGUCAAUCCAGGUGAUAUCUCAUGUUAUAUUUAUAUUCUCUAACAUUUGGACUGUCCUUACAGGCUCCCAAGAAAACUAAAAGUCACCAAUGUGCUCCUUAACAGGUGUGGUAUGGUUCUACUGAUUAACUGUAAGGCAGCAGCUUGGUCUUAAAGCGACCCAUUGUGAGAGACGUCAUUGGGUUGUUGCAUAAUGGGUAACAUUCGACUUUUUUCUUUCAAUUGCUAGCAGACAUUUAGAACCCUCCAAACAGCCUCUCAGGUGUAUUAGCGGUCUUGACUUAAGCUCCCGCAUGGAAAUUCUCGACUAAGGUCAAGGCAAAGCUCCGACCAAAUUUUAUCUAAAUCUUGCAUUUUGCGGACUUUGCGCUUAUGUUCACUUAUUUAUUCAUCUAUCAAUGUUUUUGCCGUCUGAAACAUGUCGGCAGUAGCAAGCGUAUCGCAUGCUGUGGUGCAUAGAUCCCAACUUGAGAGCAAAUAGAAACCACCAUGAUUCAAGGAAUAAAACAAACGGUCAAUGACUGGCUGAACACAGGUUUUAAGAUUCAGUUGGUACUUGUAACAUACACUAAUCAUUAACACUUUACUUCCAAAUGUAUAAAUCUCUAAGGUCUUUUGUAGUUGAUGAAACCAAGGUUAUGGAGGCAGAUGAUAGAGACAAGAUGCUUUUUUCAAGCUGUAAAAUAAUUUAGUUUUCCUAUCGAUUACCAAUUCAAGGAUAAAUACUUAAAAUGAGACACUAUAAUUGUAAAAAAGGUGCAUCACACUGGCAGAAACAUACUGUUAAUUAAUUUUCACUGGUAUCCAAAGGCACCCAGUGCAAGUUUUUAUUAUUGUAUGAUAUGCUAAGGUGUUAGAAAUUAAACGUGCAUUUGGGAAGGAAGUACAUGUACGCUAAAGAAAGUGAAUAAAAAAAAACAGAACUGAGAAUCCUAACUUGUAUUAAACAACGUAGCAUACUUGUAUAUUUAAGUAUCUAUGGUAAGUCAAAACAGUGGACAUACAGGUAAUCGUUCAAGGAAGGUAUCAUGUGAGUGCAUGUUCAUUAAAUUUCAUUGCUCCACCUGAGAGGAAUAUAUCUGCACUUUGGAUGAGUUUUCAAGACUAUACCGCCUGGCAGCAGAUAAUAGAGUUUACAUUACAUAAAGCUUCAAAAAAGUUGUUUGACCGAAUUAUGAAUAAAACAGAGCUGAAUGUAAAAAAUUCUGUCAACAGAGAAAAAUUUAUUUCAACACUACCUUUAAGUACGGGCCAUACUUUGAAAUUCAAACAUAUCAUAGAUGCUGACAUCUAAAUCCUCGCGAAUAUCAGUGUGGCUCAUAUCUCGAAAACCAGUUUAUUCUGUUUCGUUUCCCAGUACUUUAAUCGAUAAAAUUUCAGUACUCUCGAAAGUGAACACCGGAAACAAAAAGUACUUUUUUGGACCAGGAGACGAAAAGCGGGUCCCAGCAGACAAUCUUACUUGCAUUCCUUAACAUGAUCAGAAACACUAUUAACGUAGGACAUUACCGGCAUAAAUGUAACGAAACACCUUAGUCUGCAUGGGGAUAUGUUUGCACAUAAUAUUUGUGCAUUAUUUUUGAGCAUAAUGUGAUACUUUAUUUCAUUUACGUUUUGUCGAAUUAUUCAAAUUUGUGUGAAGAAAAUUAUUUUGAUAAGAUAAAGUCAUUUAAAUAAUUAUUAUUAUAACUAUUUUAUCGAUAUCACUGAGCUAUUUGUUAUGUAUUUGUAGAUCUCUCUCGACUUGUUGAGUGAAUAUCAAUAAAGUUACCGUUGUCCCUUACGAACUGUUUAAAACUCAUCACAAUAGGCUUGUUUCAACUUUUGACCGUUUUUUUCAGUUUGCGCGUACGCGCUUUUCAAGUUCGUUUAUUCAGUCGCUGGUAUCAUCUAACGUUGAUGGCUUAGACGUGAAAUGAUAGUCGAUUUUCUGGUCGAGUUUUGUCGUAUAAGUACCACAAUAACUCAGCCAGCAAUAACUUCAGUGAGAGAUUUCGCCGCUAACCCUCGGUGGAGAUCAAGUAACCACACGCUGACUGGAAAUUUAAAUGUCAAAAUAUCUCUUCUAUCAGCCAAAAAUUAAUAAUAGUAUCAACGAGGAAAAAAAAAAAAAAAAAAAAAACGUGGUAAAAAAAUCAAGGUUUCAUUCUGGGCUAUUCUAAUUUCUUUCGAUGUCCUUAUUUGUGCCCGAGCACCAAAUUGAAAAGCUGGAUUUAUUACAAAAUUCCUCCUGUUCUUUAAAUUCUCUUGCGAUAGAUACAUGUAUUUUGCUCAUUUUACAAAGUAAGUAAUGGUCGGGAAAGUUUAAGUGGCUCAAAAGUCGUGUAAUUAACAAAACAAACGUCCAUAAUGAUUGUUCGACAGGCCUUAGGAAUUUCCAUUACAAAGGUUAAAGAUAAAUUGUCCACCACUGAACGCCUGUCAACAGCAAACUGGCUAACCGAGUUAUUCCUUUAUGCUACUUGUAGCGAACUUUUCAUUACUACUGAUUUCGUAGCGAGUCGAAAAUAAACCGAUUGUAGAAUAAAUUUAUUACUGUAUCUAUUCAAAAACUUCAUUUUUGGCGAGGAGAUAACCUACAAUAGAGAUUUCAUACUUUUUUUUAAGUGAUUUUUUUUCUAAACAUGACAUCAUUUUUGAGGAAUUAAACAAAGUUCCCACUUUGAUAAAUGCCAGAUGCAGCCAGGGUUUCUGGACGCUGUAACCUCUAAUUAGGAUGUGUACUGAAAUGUUAUCUCUUUCAUUAAAAGAGCAAAUAAAGAAAUCAGUGGCUCUUUGAUCAGCUUCCGUGAUACUAAUAUGAAUCAUUUGACUUCUGAUCAAACAUAGCUAAUUAGAAAGAUAAAUAACAAGAACUAAGAUCACUCAACAUGUUUAGACUUAAAUUCUUCUCGGAUAUCACAAUUCUACAUACUUCAUUGAUUGUCCGUUAAUUUCACACCAUUUGAAGUUAAAUAUUCACUCCUAGGAACAGUAAAAGGACUUAAGUAUUGCAGAUAAAAACAAAAUGUGGGCGAAAAUCUGUUCAAGCGAGUAAGUUUAAUUUGACAACUGUUGCGGGUGGUUCAUCUGUAAAAAGUCACCAUUCGUUGUUUGGAAAUCACAAGCGAGGAAAAGGAUUAAAGAACACUAAAUUAUGGAUGAACUAUGUCAUUGUUUAUGGACAUGGAUGAGUCAAGGAGUUAAUACUUCGUGUUAAGCACUUCCCCGUUGUAGGAAAGGGAAAUAUGGCGAUGGAGGGUGCCAGUAUAACUUGGCUAGUUUUGAUCGCAUUAAGCCUCACCUCAUGUCACUUUUCAAAUGUGAAUGGUAAGUUACUAAAUAGCGAUUAAAUCAAAGUAAGAAGAUUUUUUCAGACAAUCAGUAUAAAGUCAAUUUUAUCUUCCACUUUACCUGAACAAUGAGUCGUUAUUUAGGAAACGUUUGCUAAAUAACCGCCCCACACUUGACAUGUGUUAAUCAUUGUCUAAAUUAAGUUGUAGUGUUUGCAUAGGUUAUGGGGCGUUGGUUUUUUAUUAAGAUUUGUGUAGUUCUAUUAGUAACGCGAGGUUGUUUAAUUACCCAAUUUACUGUAGAGAGGAAAUGCAAAUUUUUUUUAGAGGUUUAGCUGUCGGGAAAUUAUUCCAACCAUUUGCAAUAAUUGAUAGCAAUGUGCAGAAACGAUCUAUUUUAUCAAGAAAUAGAAUUUUUUUAUCAAAAUAUUGCAAAAUCACAUUUGAAAUAUGAAAAAUUACUGUUUCCAAAAAAUGAGACAGUUUUGUGAGUAAGGCACUCAACCAAAAAUAAACGUUUAAUGAUAGUAGCAUAGACCUCCUUUUACUGUUUUGUGGUGAAAAGCUGAAAUAUAUAAAUUACUUAUAUAAUUUUAUGCUGGGUUCAUAUGAUUUUAAGACCAGGGCAUUAACGCAUUUUGAUGAGAUCUCUUUUUUUUCGCUAAGUCUGGAUAGCGAAAAAAAAAAUUAUUGUUGUGUUAUUAUGAGUUCACAAGGAAAUUGCCUGACCAUGAAAAAACUUAUCACGCUAAGAAUGGCCUACCAGUAAGAUAUUCGUUUCCGCUUCGGUGACAAUUAUCCAUCUGAAGUAAAGAAUAGAGAUCUCUGCAACUGAGGGAAACAGUCUUACUCGGGCAAACUGAACCAGCAGAUACUGCCGUAAACAUGCGCUAUGAAAAGCGUUACUACUCACAGUUAGAUAGGGAGACAUAAUCUCAGGCUUUAUGGUGAAUAUAGGCUGUUGUAUUCAAUGUUUUGUUCAAACUAUACGAGGUCCAAAAUGAAAGAUGCUUAUUUUAUAAAUUUCAGAGCAUUUACCUCGUUUUACCAACUUAUGUAAUGCAGAACAAAAUCUUUCGACUUCUUUCAGUUACAGGGAUAAUUUUUAGCGAAAUCUGGUUCAAAACCAGCCCCUCCAUAUUAUGAUGUUAUUUCUGUGGCCGUUUCAUCAAACCAAGCUCAUAUUUGAAACAUGUAACGCUUUGGUAAUUCAAACAAUAACAAAAAUUCACUUGUGCUGAGCUUUAAAAAACAUUUUUACGCCACCUUAAGAUUUCUAGUUCUGUACAAAGUUUUCAAUGGCAAGUCAUGUUAAUUCACAAUUACGUUUGUACUCACGCUAUUUUAUUGACACAGGCUUUGAGUUUCCUCGGAUCUUUAAGCGAUAUGCUGCUGCUCAGGCCCCGGCACCUGCCCCUGCCCCUGCUCCUGCCCCAGCUCCAGCGCCAGCCCCUGCCGCAGCGGGAGCAGCAGGUAUGACGUACACUUGCGGAUAUUUACCACACAUACUCUAAAGAAAUGUGUCGAAGCAGCAUGAACAGAUUUGGGGAACUGUAAACAAACAUACAUAACUGAGCCGCGUAUUUCCCACAUAAAUACGAAAACUACUUGCUAAUCUUUCCAAACAAACAUGAAAAAAUAAAAAAGGGCACCCUCUUACUUUCAAGCAGACUACAAACAUCAGCAUUAAUUUGGGAUACUUGAAAUGAAAUUUAAAUUUAGUUUAAUCGUAUUAUUAUUCCUUUAUUUCAUAUUAAGAGAAAAAAUGUGAGAAGCCGCUGGACAUUAUAUUCGUCCUUGAUAGUUCUGAGAAGAUUGGAAAAGAAAAUUGGGAAAAAAUAAUUAAUGCUUCCAUCACCAUCGCGUCCAAGUUCAGCUUGCAGCACACUCGAUUUGGUGUGAUUCAAUACCAGUCAUAUCCAGAAACAGUCAUCCAACUUGGAAAUCCACCAUUUACCGACGACAAGCAGUUGCAAGCCACCUUUGCCAAAAUAUUCUAUAAGAGUGGUGGUAAGAGGACGGAUCUUGCCCUUAACAGCACUUUGGAUGUGUUCAAAGCGGCAAAGAUACGUAGCGGUAGUAAGGUUGUGAUUCUGAUCACUGGGGGACCCUCUAGCGAGGUGUUUCUUGCUCCUGGAAAAUCCAUUUCUGGAGAGGAUCUUCUGGGCAUGCCAACGGCUCAGUUACACAAAGCGGAAGUUGCUGUGUAUGCAGUUGGAGUUCAAGAAGGUCUUGCCGACGCUGAUAAGAAAACCCUGACCAAACAGUUGGGAAUUAUUGCCAGCACACCAACUUCAGAACACGUUUUUGAAUUAGCUGACUUUGCUACAGUGCUAAAGGAUGCUCCGAAAAUAGCCAACAAGUCCUGUAUAGGUAAGUUUAUCAGCAGUAUUUCUAUAAUGCGUAGAUAAGAUGAGAGCAGAGAUAAAUUUUUAGCUCAGAGACGAGAGAGAGUAAGAUGGUAUUUUUGCCAUGUCACGUGCGUGGGACAAAUGUAAGAUUACGAUUCCCCAUGCAGAAUCGAACCUCAGACAUUCGGAUUCGAACGUAAUAGCACUAGAGCGCGGAAUCCGAUUCUCCGGGUGGACUUAGGUUUCUUUGUACCACGCUCGAAACAAGGCAAACAAAAUAUAUUUUUCUGAUCAGUUUACUUUAGUGAAGUUUCCAUCGUGUAAAUUGGGUUUCCGUCGAGUAAAUUGGUUUGCUGGAAGCCCCUUCUGUGCUGAUUUUGUGCGUUACCAACCUCAUUUUAAAAAUAUGUGGUCAGCUGUUUUACCAUUCUUCUUGCUAUGUUAGUAAUCAGUGGGAUAAUUACAUCUUACGUGAUGUCAACUUGGUGUUCCCCGGAUUGAAAAUAAAGAGAUGAGAAUCCGGUUUUUCUUUUUAACCCUGCACCCUAAGUCUUAACAUCAAAGUCUCUGAAAACUGUUGUUACGGUAUAAUAUAACCGACAGAAAGAACACUAUACUCCUAUAAUCUCAUCUACCAUACCAAACGACGUGAAAUAUUCAUACUUAGAAGCGACUCUAAUGGAGAAUACAAUAAUUAUCCUCAAUAAACUUACUUAUGCCCACUACAGUCUAUAUAUUAGCUCACCAUUGACACAAACUCACAGUUUUCUCCAAAGUUCCUUUAAAUGAACAAUCUUCCACAGUAGCUGUCUCUCGGUAUAGUUUUUCAAACAGUCGGUCACUCUCGGCAACAACAACUAAUUACUACUACACGACUGAGUCCUCAUCUACAUUUACAAAGUAUUCCAGAACAUACCAGAGGCUUACAACACAACUUUUGUGAUAAUAUUUUAUAACUCCGUGCCCAAAUAAAAUGAUCUAGAAAGUUCCAUGGUAUGCAUGUCAACAGGACUAAGCAUUCUACAAAUUUCUAGAAAUUUAUAUUUAAAGUUAUUAUCCAUGAUCUGUGAAGUUGUUUUGCAAGUUUUUUUCUCUUAUCUGAGUGUGACACUAACUCCCUAUGGUCAGUAUUAUCUGUGUUAAUAAAGUCACUCAUUGUAAUAUACUGAAUAUUUCAACUCAAUAGUUAAUGGAGGAUGGAGUGCGUGGUCUGCGUGGUCUGAGUGCAGGCAUCCCUGUAUGGUGAAGAUGCGAACAAGAGAAUGUAAUAAUCCGCUCCCUGAGACUGGGGGUCUCAACUGCACCGGCCCAAAAGUCGAACAGUAUCCCUGCGCAUCAGUAGCUGAAUGUCAAAGUAAGCAUAAGUGACAAUGCCUUAUCCAAAUCUUAUACUUAAAACAGCCUAGCUCUAGGGAUGAAUAGUCCUUUAAACAGAACUUUAAACUGAGACGACUUAAGGGCGCCGUCUUUCUAUCUUUCAUUUGAUUUCAUUAGUUCAUUUGUACAUUACAUUUCAUGCGAUGAAAAUAAUGUAUUAACAAAGCAAAUAAAAUGUUUGCAGCAUUACCAACAGACUUCAAAUUGCUCUCAGUGUACAUCAUUUUUGUUAGAAGAAAUAAUUCUUGGAAAAAAACAACUCAUGAAAUUUUACUCUUGUCGUCCACACCUAUCAUACGGUAGUUCUGCAAUAUGAAAUAUUCUCUCUUUGGAAGAAUCUAAACUUUGCAAAUGAUUGCAUUCGGUGAUGUCUAGUUUUCACAGUAACUAUGAAAAUCAAGCACUUAAUGACUGGGGCCUAAGGGAAACAGUGAGUUUUGUCCCCCCACACCCUCGAUUUGUUCCCCUCGACCCCCGAGAGGGUCGAGGGGCAACAAAACUCAUUGUUAAGCGCGGUGCCAGUCAUUAAGCGUUCUGUUUUACCUACUAACUCAAGAACAAUCGCUGCAAGACUAUAUUUCUUGAGUUAGGCUGGCACACUAAUUUGUCUUGAUUCAAGGUGUACGACCUGAUCGCACGCAGGUUGAAAGUUCAAGUUGAUAUUUUCCUAAUGCGUUUUGUUCAACCUUGGGAGUUAGCAAGUUUUGACCCAUGGCAUUGGGCAUUUUCUCCUCCAAUCGGAACCUAUUUGAGUUGGGAGGUAUAGCAAAACGGUUUAACAGCUACACAGACCUCUAACAUAGUUUUCUUUCGUCCUUUUCCCCCUCGUCAACAAACAACAGGUACUCCACAGCCGGGUAAGUUUGCUUUAAACAAUGAUCUUUUUUCAACAGAUCGUGUUGCAUUUUGAACUCUCUUUAUCUCAAUUUUUUCCUAACCGAAAUUCGAGUUGAAAUUCUUAGGAAUAAUGAAAAUUGAAAAAACUUAAAGUCUUUUGAAGGGCUCCACUUCUGAAGCAAUUUUCAUAUUGGUUCAAUCUACAUGAGCUCUACCUGUGACUUUGUUUUCGAGUGCUAGCUCUUCAAGACAAUAUAACAACCUCAAUGCUUAAACUACACAAUUUAACAUGUAGAUGAUGAUAUUUAAUCCUGACUAAUUUGUAACCAACGAUGACGAGUUGCUCACUGCGUACUUGAUCUUCCGAGAAAUUUUACACCAAAGGAAUCCUUGAUUUUAUGACACGUGUCUCCGAAGAGUGAAGAGGAAAUUAAAUUCUGGUUUAAAGGUGCCGUGCUAUUUGAGGAAUUCUCGAACUCUUAAUUCUCAAUUGAAAAUAAAAAAUAAAAGAACCGUCGAGGACUCAUAAUAACUAGACUUACCGAAAAAAAGUGCAGUCACCGUUACCAUGGUAAUUACGCCAUUGAGCAAGAGCAGGAAUUUCAAAAUUUCCAAAACAAAAGGUAAAAUGGCAAUCAGAGGAAAUUAAAUACAAAAAGAAGAAGUGAAUUUUCGAGCUUAUUUCAGAUUUAACCCUAUCUUAAUUGUUUAUUUGCUAAAGAUCGACAGGUAGCACAUGUGCGAAUGGAUGUUAAAACCAAACUUGUUACAUGACUAACCGCUAACAAACUAACAAACUGUUUUUUCCUUUCUCUUCCUCAUGCUCUCUUCUGACGGUAAGUCAAUUAAGGCUAUCGUUAAUUUAUCUUUUAAUGUUGCCCAUAAUACUAAGAGAUUUUCUUUGAUCAAAGGCCUGGAAUAAAAAAAAGUGUUAGGAAUUGAGUACCUAAUCAUCUUUUAUUAGACUUAAAUGGAAAAUUUAUCAAACUUACGUAAAAGGCAAACUGAAUUGCAUAUUUGUGCUAUUUGGCCGUUGGGUACUCUACCAGGGCCCUUUUUUGGUUGUGGCAGGAGGAUGCGAGAAACCAAUUAAUUCUUCUUUGACAUCGAUAUUUUGUAGCUGAUGGACUGAUUAGUUUUUGAUAUUUCGCAAGAUUCCGUUAAAAAACAUACAUCAGAGACUAGCUGGAUAUAAUAUAUGCAAAAUUCAACAUUUAUUGUGCGAUUUGGACGUAGGUAUUUCUAUCUGAUGUCUCUCUCUUCGUUUGCCCGAUGAGACAUAUUUCACUUUUCCAGUAUUUCCCACCCGUGAAUGUUAUGGAAAAACUAUACCAGGGCAGACACGGAUUCCAUUUAAAAGGAUAGGCAUAACCCUAAAUGGUAUUCCAUAACUUACAACCCAGAGUACAUAUUCAAGACCAACUAAUCAAAGUGUCCAUAAUAGCUCAUAGAAUGGUACGAAAAAGGGAAAGAAAGUGACAAAUCUUGAGCAUAAUACUGCCAUGUCUUUCACUCAAGCAUUUAUUGCUUCGGUAACAUAAAGACAGGUUACAGGCUCAUACGAUCCACAAAGCGAGCUGUAUAAGGCUUCCGACCUCGUGGAAGAGGGCUGUUAAAGCAAGAAAAAUGCUCCCUCAAUCACUUAAGUUGAAACGGGCCCCUAUUUUAGGUACAUUUUCCUAACCAGUAGUUGUUCAAGUUUGGCACGUUUUCCAUUUGGACGGUUAAAAGGGUGUCUCCUGGCUCUUUACACUUACCACAAAGCUCUUGAAAGCAUUAGAAGACAAUUAUCAAAGCUUGAUAAUGGUGUAUUCAGACUUUACUGCUGUAGAUCCCAAUAUAUGGUGAUUUAUGAACCUUAGAUGAUAAUUCUUAAAAGAAGCAAACUUUCCGUCAUAAUCAAGAGAAAGUUGCAAAAACAUUGAAAUUAUUGAAAUUGAUCCUUUGUAAACUUCCCAAACUGAUAAACCAGCAUGAACGAAGAUCGUCAGAUCUGCUACUAAUGAGAAUUUUCAUUCCCCUAGGACUAAACCCAUUAACGACUCUUGCUCCUAAACAAAAACUUUUACAAACAUCCGCACCAACGGAAAAACCACAACCUGCACCUCAACCUAAACCACAACCUGCCCCACAACCCAAACCACAACCUGCACCUCAACCUAAACCACAACCUGCCCCACAACCCAAACCACAAACUGUGCCCCAACCUAAACCACAACCCUCACCCAAACCCCAACCCCAACCACAACCACAACCACAACCUGGCCAACCUCAAGCUCCAUCACAGCAGAGUGGAAUUGUUGUACAUGGAUCCCCCGACCCAAAAAGUAAGAUCUUUUGCGCUAAUAAUUCACAACGUUAAUCUGGGAGGUUGAUAAACUCAAUACGAGUACUAAUAACGCUCUUAAAGGCUUCUAAAGCUUGCUUACGCUCAUGUAAAAAUGAUAUAUAAGCGUGUAGUUGAGAGAUUUUUGGGUGAGAGAUUUGUGUUACAUGGAGCCAAUUCUAGAGAAUUCCCAUAUUAUAGGUUAAGAUUAGUUUUGUGACGGUGUAGUAGGUGUGUGGCUUUGGUUGGUCAUUCUGAUGCCCCACGAGAGAAAAAUAUAACAAACUGUGUCCAAUUCAAUUUCCAAGGAAUCUAACCCGUAUGUGGUAAAUAUCUUUUGUAAAUAUGGACAUUACGUGUAUUUCAAAUUCUUUCUUUUACCGUAUGUGAUUUUUGAGCGCCUUCCGUCUUUUUAGAUUGUGCGAACGGAUAUGAAGUUGUGCCCCUUUCGGAUUAUCAGCUAGAUGCCUCGUCAUCUUACGCCGAAGGAAUCAAUGAAGCAGAUAAGACUCAGUCUAGGAUUGAUCACAUGCCCGCCAUGGGAAAAGUAAAUAAUACGAAAGGACGAGGUAUUAUCAUUGGCUUGUACGCUGUCUAACAAAAUACAACGAAACAUCCAAAGAGUGAGGCAAAAGGACCUGAAAUGAUUCUGUGACGUAACUAUCAUCUUAAAUCGGGUUCCUUUAAACUUUUAUCGUCUUCUUUAAAACCGAUGAGAUGAGAUCUUUUGGUUGAUGAGAUUAGAUGAUUAACACUGCUACGAUUAUCAGUUAUAUGAUCGUGAUCAUUAUUAUAAUUAUUAACGACUAUCCACCGACACAUAGGUGAAUAACUUUUAUUAAAUACCACACAGAUACCAAAAUAUAAGUUUCUUUCUUUCAAUACACCCCAAAAUAGUCGAAAAUUAAACUCUCGACGCCCAAUUUCGUCUCAUCGGCUGCUCGGAGGUGAGUAUAACUUGCUACUUACUUCCGAUCUGGCCAAUCGGCGCGCGUGGAAAGGACUUUUCACCUGUGUCGUAUAUACUAUUUAUUAUUAUUAUUAUAUGGUCGUCUUACUUUUUGCUUUCUUUAUCCCCUUUUCUCUUACCAGGAGCCUGGUGUGUUGAUCAUGCCCAAGCCCUAGCUAAAGAUAGGAACCAAUAUCUUCAGCUGAAUCUUGGAGCACCAACCACCAUUGGAAUGAUAGAAACGCAAGGCCAGUAUUAUUACCCAAAUUUUGUUACCAAGUUCAGCCUCAAUUGCAGUGUGGAUGGCGUAAAUUGGGUCAGCUACGGCAAGGUAUGGUUGUUACUUGGAAUUAUUUUCUACUUUGAACAUUAAAAAAAGGAAAAACAGGUAGGGUAUCUGGCGGUGGUCUUUGAUUAGAAACCGACGGGAACACAAAGUAAACAGUGGGAUUAUUUACUUGUUGCGAAGCAUUCACGUAGCUUUCAGAAAUUCCUACAUUAAAAUUUACAUCUGUGGACCUACAAACUUGUGUAGUCUUGUCUAGGUCAGUCUGUCACAAAUUAUGAAAUCAAAUGAAUUUUUUACCAACAGACCCUGGAUGGUAACUACGACUCAAACUCUCGAGUUGAUAAUAAUCUUAGCCCUGCCAUAAGCGUAAGCUAUCUUCGGAUUAUCCCUGUGGAGUCUUCAACAGAUGAUGUGUGCAUGAGAGUAGCAGUCUUCAAAUGUCGAGGUAAAUUCAUAUCUUGGGGCUCCAAUUGAACCCUUGCAUAACAUUCCGUGUCCGCCCAUAUUAGCUCUUGUCCUGAAUAGGUGGCAUUACCAAGAUAAUAUUAGGUUAAAAUACUUCAUAUGCAGCUUUAAAUGGUGGUAUAGUUCUCGUGGAAGGAUAUAAUCUUACUGAAUUUACCCCUAUUGUGAUGGGUGAAAAUGGGAAAGAAGCAUGGUGAAUCUUUCUCUCGCCGCUCUAAUGACCAAUAUUCUUUAAAAAUAUGACUCGAAAGGUAACGAGCAAUAUCUGUUGUUUGUUAAAGCAUGGCCAGUUGUUUUGAUAAGAUAGUAAUAGAAGUUAUAGAAGCAGUGACGCAAACUUGAGAGUGGAGAGGUGCCCAAAUCAUCAUCACGAGAGGGUUUUUAGGAUAAAGAAGGAUCCGUUACACAGAAUAUACCAAAUUCAAGGGUUUCAGAAAUUUAGAAAGUUUAAGGAAAGUGAGCCUAAUCAGAAACAAUACCUUGGUUUAAGGUUCGUGUCGGACGGACGAAAAUAAAGAAUAUACAUGAUAUGUAAAACUUGUGAUGGUAUUUCCAUGGAACAUAAGAAAAAAAAUGUGUGAAUGGUUAUUGUUAAUUUUUAUAGCUGCAAAUCUUGUUCCACCGGCAAAAGACCUCCCUGAGGAUGGUAAAUAUAGAUUACUUCACGGGGAGGGCAUUCGUAUGGCAUUCCCGCACGAGUUGGUGAUAUAUUAGAAAUCGAACGGGUGAGGUUUCUGAUACAAACCAACAAGUGCGAAAAUUACGUUCGUAUACCCUCCCCGUGAUGUAAUUUGUUUAUUUCAUACAUCUUGACAUUGUUUUAUGUUUAUUUAGUUUUAAAUGACUAAGCUUUUAAGUUAUUCCAAUAAAAUUGAAAGCACUUCUUUCACUUGCAGAAAGUAGCUCUAAAUGCGUAAAAAUUAGCUCAAUUAGUUCUAAAGAAUUUCAAACCAGGUUUAUUCAUGAUAAAAUCGAUCACUUGAAGAAUAGAAAAAAGCCAGUUAGUGUUAAAGUUUUCAAUGGUAGUGGUGUGCUGUCGUCAUCAUCCAACGGUUCGAGAUUUUGUUUGAUUCGUUUGUAACUUCGUGCCGCAGAAACAGAACCAUCUGUACAAAUACCUGGUGACUUUUUCAGUGUUUGUAGUUAUGUUGAAUUGUCCACCAUGGAAUACGGCUUCACUGAAAGGCCCUGCCGCACGAAACAUCGAGGUUUUUAUGAAGGAAGCCUCCGCCUUGGUCGUCAGAUUGUCGUCGCAGUAGUCGCACAUAGAGCAUUACUGCUUUCGUCGCCCGCGGAAUUUUAUGCUCAGUCUCACUGACGUAUUCUUCUGUAGCGCUUUAGAAACAGAUUUGUAGCUCCUCACACUUUGCACAUUACGAUGAAAGUUGCAUGAUGUGAUUGGGGAGAAUUUUGCGGUCAUUAAGUUUUAGUAUCCUUGUUUUCUUUGCGCUGUGGUUCAUGAUCAGUCGUUUCCCGUCGAGUCUAGCUUCGUUUGCCAUCGUUUUCAUUAAUUAGUUCAGUUUGUCUACCCCUGUUGCACUUGUCUUACAUCAACAUUUACUAGAAUCCUUUGAGUAGUUGAUACUAAGAUAGAGGGGUACCGCGGCAAUCAACAUGAGUUUGGUCUUUUCUCGCGAUAAAUUUUGUAAAGAAACACAGGGUUUCACUCAUCUGGCCUAUCUUGAGUAACGAAAGCUUAAGGCUUCGCUGAUCUGAUAUUUCGAAGUUCCGUUCCAGUUCGUGUUUUGGUUUGUUGUUCAGAAUAUUCUAUGUAUUUACUUCCGUCCACAGCUCUGAUAUGUUGAACAUCUUCCCAAGUCAUUUUUAGGUGCUUGUCGCAACCUCCCAAUCCGAAUGAAUGAAGUUCAUAGACUACUUAAAAAAGCCUCAGCACUCGUGAUUCAAAGCAGGUUUUCCGAAAACAUGUUUAGGAUGCUGACCUCCCCGUCUGUUUUUGCCUCUGCGGCGUUUGGCUUAUUGCUUUUCUUUCUUUCCUUGUUCAGUUGUUUGCUUCGAGCCUCUAAAGCUUUUCGAGUUUGUACAAACUCAAGGUCCUCCAUUACGAUCAUUGGAUAUUUGCAGGCUUUCAAGGGCCGGUUGAAGCUUGAAAAAAGGCCUCUGAGGCUUAAAGGCUUGAAUUCAUCUCCGUCUUUUCUCCUGAAAAAUAUCAUAAAUUCAACCAAGAAAUCAUUUAGCUGCUUGGGCCGAAUCUCUUCCAGGUUUCUCUUCUGAUUCUCUUCUUUCAUAAACGCCAUUAAAAUGGCAAUGUCCUGUAGUAUUUUUUUUUAAACUAAUUUACAGGCUUGUCUAACUCAAUAAAUCGUAAACUCGAGGUUUCGAUCACCUCAAAAAGCUUAUUUUAGGAAAUAAAGUUCAACCGACCACGAAGCUAGCUUUCAAGUUUAACCGACGAAGAACAAAGAGGAGAAAGAGAAAAAACCCAGUACUUUUGACAGGUUCUUUGUGAUUGGACGAAUGUUUUUCGUUUCUCUGAUUUGAUGGCUAUAAACAGCUGCAAACUGGGUUUUGAGACAACAGAUUUCGUACUGAACACCUCAGCAUGCAUGGAACUUGAAUACGUAACUAUUUCGCUCUAUCUAAAAAAGUAAACGUAGUUUCUUGUCUACUCAGAUUUUUAGCGAAAUUUUUCAGAUCGUUAAAGUAUGAUUUAUACACCGUAUACGAGUUUGCUAAGGUGUAUUUAUACUUUCAUUCUUGUAGCUUGGGCAGAUAAAUGGGCAAACGCCACACGCAAGUCGAAAAUAGAAAAGGCACAGCGUAAAAAUAGACAUCACAUGCCAGAACGUCUCGGAAAAGGUAAAUGUCGCCCCUAUGCUGUCAUCUGCUCGCUUAGAGAAAAAAAAACAGGCAAACAAACAGACUAACAAGAAUACGAGACCGCAAUAGCUUGAUCUCUUUCUGGCGCUAAUUUCCGCACUCCGAAACACAGCACCCAUUUAGUUUAAAGAGAGUUGAGGGAUCUGAAACACGUCAUUAGAAACAAUCAUGUGCACGUGAUGUUCUCCGGUGCUGAAUGUUUCACCCGAUAACAGCCUUGUGUUUAAUGCAUUUUGCACUUUGAUGGUGUUUCUUAAUUCGUGUGUUCUUCAUUUCAGGGCUCCAUGAAAAGCAUUAGGCCGAGCAAGUCAGCUUGCGACCAUCAAGAAUCUCUCCAGUUCAAAGCCAGCAUUGGCAACAAAAUAACUGAAAUGCCUCUGAUCUGAAUGCCAUAAACUUUAGCCAAUCAUUUCCUGUACUUAGCCCUUGUUUUUCUUGGUGGAUCACGUGAAUUUCAAGUUUGAUGGCUGAGGGUCGUCCUUGGAACAAAAUAAUAAUCUGACCGAAUGAUUGAAGAAUACUGAGCCGAAUUUGUUGCUGAAACAAAAAUGUUUGAGGCAGCAAAGCUGGAUUAGAUAGCAAAGUUUUUUUUCAUGGUGUUAGGUUCUAUUAUCUUCCUUUGCUGAAAGCGAGCAUAGGUCUGCCGUCGGAGUGGAUUAACUCUUGGCGUUUAAUGCGGCGGUUUUUUUUUCCUUUUUCAGUUAAAUUCGGUAUUGGAUUAUGAAAUUGUUAUUAACUUAUGUUUCGCCAUCCUAAACCAAACUUUACUAAAAGUAUAUUUUUUAUAGAAGCUGAGGUUGAUAAAAUUAAAUCUGAAAUAAAAACCUGUUUAUUUUAAGC